AUGAGAUCAGGAUAUUACAUGGACAUUGUUAAUAGAGUGUGCACGAAAUCAGACUUAAAAAUCAUGCGAUUAUGUGAUGGCAUUUCACAGCUUACAUUCGAGGUUCGAGGCUCACAGGUCAAUGACGGCCACUUCGAAUUUCUUCGACCAAUUAUGUUGUUUGAUGGAGUGUGCAACUUAUGUAAUGGAGGUGUCAAAUUUAUUAGGAGAAUGAGGUUUGAACCACUUCAAAGUGAAUCUGGUAAGAAGUUGCUGCAGAGGUCCAAAAGAGCACCGGACGAUAUUUCUAGUGUUGUUCUUGUUGAAAAGGAUAGAUCAUAUAUCAAGUCAGAAGCAGUACUGAAGAUCAUGGAAUACCUCAAUUUGCCUUUUCCUCAGCUUGCACUGUUUCUGCAGUUUGUGCCAUUGUUCAUAAGGGAUUUUGUAUACGACAACGUUGCGGAUAAUCGCUACAACAUCUUUGGCCGCACGGAAUCGUGUGAGAUAUAGUUUAUUAGGAUAGUUGAGCAUGAAUGUCAGCUUGAUUUAUACACUAACUUGCAAGAACAUAAAAGAUGUCAAGAUGAAUCCAUAGUUUCGUAUACAAAGAAAAAUAACAUCAAAAAUUAUACUGUAUUGUAUACCCUUCUGCACUUUGUACCUCAG